AUGACUGCCCCCGCCGAAGAAACACCACCACGGCAGCGGAAACGAACCAGAAUCUACGGCAGCUUUGCCUGCGACUUCCCUGACUGCUCCAAGCUGUUCACGCGACACGAUCACCUUCUCCGUCACAAACGAAAUCACAACCCACAAAACCGUCUUCCAUGUACUUGGCCUGGAUGCCAGCUUAUGUUCAACCGAUCAGACGUACGAGAACGCCACAUGAAACGGCACCUGCAGAGUUUACCGUACAAUAAAGAGAGCUUACCGUACGACAAACAGAAUAUUCCGUACGACAAACAGAGUUUACUGUACAACAAUACCAGCCUCGCCAGUACAAAACACCCAGACAUCAUAAAGGAAAACCAAACAAACUUGCAAAACACAAACGCAGGCCGUACUGUCACCACAAAUGGAACUGGAAUCAAUUCUCAGAUCAACACUAUGAGCUCUCAGGAUGUGCACAGCUCCAACAAUGGUGUCCCUGGCAUUCUCCCCUACACGGGAAAAAACCUUUCUCCGUCAGAUCUUAUCGAAUGGCUUUUCCACGAUGAUACCUCCCACGAUGGCUCCCACGACGGGUCUCACGAUACCCACGAUGGCCCAGUAUUCUCCCACCACUCGCCCAUAGAUUUCCGCCAGUCCUUCGACUUCCCAACCGGAGUUCUGCCCAUGUCGCUCCUCGAACUGAUGUUUGCAGUGCUGCCCGACUUUCCUCACUCCAACACCCGCAGAAGCAUCGACACCAAUGUACGAGACCGGUUGGUGGCUCUCGUGCCGGCCUUAAACACAAAUCCCGACUUUGGGGUGCCACAAAUAGAACGGUACCUCGACAUCUACUGGCUCAUUUUCCACCCUCAGUACCCGAUUUUACACCGACCUUCGUUCGAUAACACCACCGCGCCCCCAUUGCUCUUAUUGGCGAUGAUAAUGACAGGAGCCGGUCUCCUGGCGUGCACGGGAAUGCCUGAGCCGUUGCUCGAGAACCCCCACCGCUUGGCGGACGACAUCGCGGGGCCGCUCCGGUGGUUGAUAUUCGCCAGUCCCGCUUGUAUGCCACCAGCCACCGUGUGGGUGAUCCAAAGCCUUCUUCUUCUCGAGACCUAUGAAAUCACCAGCACGCUGCGAGCAUUGCACGAGCGGGCGUAUCUUCACCACGGCACAAAGGUCCAACUCCUCCGACGGUCGCCCAUUCUUGGAGGUGAUCCACUCAAGGACGACGUCGACGACGAGGCGUACCCCAACCAUGUGUGGAAGAAGUGGAUCGAGGUGGAAUCGAUGAAACGGGCGACGUUGAUGGCGUUCUAUCUUGAUACUGUCAAUGCCACCGUCUAUGGACAUGUGAUCAUAUUGUACGCCCAUCAGAUCAAGCUUCUGCUUCCGUGUGAAGAUGAUUUGUGGGAGUUUGAUAAUACCAAGCAGAAACCCGACUCGUUGGUGAGUGAAAAGCCUCCCAAGUUCUUGGUGGCUCUUCGCAAGCUUCUUCACCGACAGAAGGUCAAGACUCUGGCGUUCGGUAGAAAAAUUUUGUUGGCGGGUUUGCUUACAAUCAUGUUCCAGAUGCAGCAGAAGGAUUUACAGCUCUCGUUUUUGGAAUGGAACCAAAUGAAAGAUUCGUGGAAUGAAACCAUUUCUCUUGCAAUUGAUGUGUGGAGAACAGACAUAUGUUCUAAAGGUUGUUGCAAUACCGAAAAUUCACUCAGGUUCUCCGAGGAAGACAAGCAGAGACUCCCACCGAUGUUGAGAAUUGACGACAAGCGGUGCAAAUUCAGUCUUUAUCACAUUUCCCAAAUCUAUAUGAGGAUCACUCACUACGACUACAUCAUCUACGCUGGGGCACCAAGCCGUAUGAAUGUGAUAGCUGGAACCUCUGCCUAUGCGGUAGUGGAAAAGCGGGUUUCUAACUGGGCUAAGAGUGCCAAUGGCCGGAUUUCUGUGGUUCACGCCUACCUCUUCUUGUGUGAGAUGCUACUUUCUCCCGACAACGAAGAUAUCACGUAUUCAUACGAUCCAAACCUUGAUCCUUUCCUCCACCGGAAAAACAUCCUCGUCAGUGCUGUUUUAGUGGUAUUUGCCUACACGUUUGUGCUUGAAGGACCUGAAAACGACAUAUAUGACUCGAUCACCGGAGAUUACUAUCCUGACAAAGAAGAUGGGUAUGCGUACCUUAAAAGGAUCAGAAGAGAGCUUUCAAGCAAGGUGACCCGAUUCCACACUAAUUCUGCUUCUACUAGCAGCCAAUUCCACGAAAACAUCAAGUUGUUCGCCAAUGCCAUCCCCACAAUCCCCAACAAAAACCACACGGUGGGUCUUUUGAAGAUAUUUAGCAAGACGUUCCAGAAUUGCCGAUGGGAGGUUGGAAUAGAGUAUGGAAAACUCUUUCAAAACUGUAUGGCGAGAGGAUUGGGUCGCAAGAAAAUCACUUGUGACGACAUGUACACCGGCAACACCACCCAGACGAAGUAAGAAAUGUCGUAUACCGUAUUGAAUAUAUUGCUAUUUAACCAUAGAAAGCCUUUUUCAAGGCCCCAGUGGUAUCUGCCACCAACUGCCGGCCUUGGUCCAUCACUGCAUCCAUCACCAUCGUCGUAUGUGGCAUGCCCUUGUAGAUGACGAUGGUGGUAUCCACACCGUUUUUCUUCAAUUUGGCCGCAUACGCUUCAGCUUCGCUCCGCAAAAUAUCACACUCAGAAGCAGCAAUAAAACAUGGUGGAACUUUGGCCAUACUUUCAUCGGAGUAGAACAACGGAGAAGACUCCGGCUUACCUGCGUCUUCAGGAUUGGGCAAGUAUAAUCUUCUGUACCACAACAUUUUUUCGGCUGGCAACUGGGCGGUGAACUCAUUUUCCCCCCAUGAUGGCUGGGUUUCAGCAGUGGCAGUGUUGUCAGUGACAGGAACUACUUGUACCUGGAAUGCCAAUGGAGGUAAGGUUUGUGCUAGCGGGGAUGAAGCGUACUUGUUUGUGACAAUGGCAGUCAAGUUUCCACCAGCAGAAGAACCCCCCACUGCAACCUUGGUGCCAUUGAUUCCCAAGAUGGUGGGGGCUGAUGCAAGCCCCCAGAUUGCAGCUUCAUAAGCAUCAUCUACACAUGCAGGAAAUGGGUCUUCAGGGGCCAACCGAUAGUCCACCGUCACCACCACACAUUGGGCGAGUUCGGCUGCGUUGGUACAAUAGGAGUUUUCAGUGCUAAUACCACCAAGCACCCAGCCCCCACCGUGAUACCAGAUAAAGAGUGGGAACCCUCCAGCAGGUGGGUUACCAUUGGGGACAAAUACUCGAGCAGGAAUGGGGGGACCAGAGGUGUGGACUCGCGGAAUCUCGAUAUCGAACGUUUCCUUCACGUCUGCCAACGGGCUCUGUCCGGGAAUGACAUUCCCUGAUGCGCGUAUGUCUUGAAGUGGCACCCGGUGGGUGGCCAUAAGGUUAGAAUUAUGGGCCAAGUUGGUAUUGAAAAACUCCACAUAUUUGGGGUCAAGCUUUCCUUGCAUAGACUUGUGGAUGGUGAAUGGGGGUUCUGGAAUGCCUCCAGCAAAGGAGUAGUCUUCCUGGAGAGUGUACUUGUAUUGGGCCAUUUUUUUUGAAGGUGUUGGAGAACAAACCGGUGGAGGUGAGUCUUUAUAUUGUGAGAGCAUUGUUCUCCACAGGAGGUCUUAUCGCGGGACGGUGGU